AUGUCGACCAGUGAUACCAAUGGGGACAGAAAAGUUGCUCUUAUAACCGGUAUAAGUGGGCAGGACGGAUCAUAUCUUUCCGAAUUCCUCCUGAACAAGGGCUAUGAAGUCCAUGGCAUCAUUCGAAGAGCCAGCAGUUUCAACACCAGCAGAAUAGUCCACCUCUAUUCUGAACCUUAUGCUCACAAAGGUGGGAAAUUCCAACUGCACUAUGGCGACAUGACUGACUCUAGUUGUCUAGUAAAAAUCAUCUGCAAAAUAAAACCCACAGAAAUCUACAAUUUAGCAGCACAAAGCCAUGUGAAGGUGUCUUUUGAUUUGAGUGAGUAUACUGCUGAGGUUGAUGCAGUAGGCACAUUGAGGCUACUUGAUGCCAUCAGAACAAGUGGAAUAGAUGGUUCAGCAAAGUUUUAUCAGGCUUCCACUUCUGAACUUUAUGGGAAAGUUGCAGAGAUUCCACAAAAUGAGAAAACACCAUUCCACCCCAGAUCACCCUAUGCUUGUGCAAAGCUUUAUGCUUAUUGGAUAGUGGUGAAUUAUAGAGAAGCAUACAAUAUGUUUGCUUGCAAUGGCAUUUUAUUCAACCAUGAAAGCCCCAGAAGAGGAGAAACAUUUGUUACCAGAAAAAUAACUAGGGAAGUGGCAAAAAUUCAUUUGGGUCUAUCUUCUUCUCUGGAACUUGGAAAUCUAGAUUCAAAAAGAGAUUGGGGACAUGCUAGAGACUAUGUUGAGGCAAUGUGGUUGAUGCUGCAACAAGAGACUCCUGAGGAUUUUGUCAUAGCCACAGGGGAAACCCACAGUGUCAGGGAAUUUGUGGAAGCUGCUUUUGGUCAUAUAGGUCAAGAAAUUGUCUGGGAAGGAACAGGGCUAGAAGAAGUAGGCAAAGAGAAAGGCACAGGAAUUGUUAGAGUCAAAAUAAAUCCAAAGUAUUUCCGACCUACUGAAGUGGAUUUUUUAUUAGGGGAUUCAUCAAAAGCCAAAGAAAAAUUCAAAUGGACACCAAAAGUUACUUUUGUUGAAUUAGUAAAAGAAAUGAUGGAUGCUGAUAUAGCUCUGAUGAAACAGAACCCAAUGGCAUAA